AUGCACGGCGAUGAUAGAUGCCAUCAACUUCAAUUGCCCAUUUCAGAUAAGGACCUUAUUCUUGAGGAGGGAUGUCUUAUAAUCGAUACCGACGAGGCGUCGAUGCUCUAUUACAACGAAUUCGAUGGAAUCGAUGAAGGUACCGUCACAGGCACCACCACCUUCUACAAUGGAACAUUUGCAAACCAUGCCACGACCGGCAACUCGACAGCACUACAUCAAACCGACAAUUCAACUUCAUAUACCCAACAAUGGGAUCUCAAUAUGACCACUGUCAACACAGAACCGGACGAGGCAACCAUCACUGGGAAUCGGGAAACAACCUCCUCUGAGGAAUCGUCGACAUUGAAUCAGAGUAGUACGUCUUCUUCUGAACCCGUGAUGAACGAGGCUAACGAGACGUCUACUUUCGAGAGUGAGGCGACCGUUGGUAAUACUAGUGGCGCACCGAAUACCUCCCACUUGGGUCUUGAUGCGACCUCUGCCAACACAGAACCGGGUGAAGCAACCGCAGCUCUGAAUCUUGGAACAACCUCUUCCGGAGAUUUGUCAACAUUGAACGAGAACAGCACCUCGGCCAAAUCAACUCCUGAACUCACGACGGGCAAUGCUAACCAGUCUACCGAGGUAUCCACUUUCCAAAGUGAGGUGAUCGUCGGUAAUAUCAGUGACACAGCUAACACUUCUGAAACUUACACAACUUUCUCUCGGCUCGGCAAUUUAAGUUCAAGCUCUACACCGUCAAUGCCUGAGAAGUUCAAGAUAGUCCUGAAUGGAACUCUUGAGAAUUUAACUUACCGAGAUGAAACAGGCGGCCGAGAGUGGAAUUACACCGUCGUGACUUUCUCUAAGCCGGGCUCCAUUGAACUCAAAGGAAACUUGAAAGUGGUCGUUAGGGGUAAGAACGCCCUGCGUCUACAGAGUACAGAAGGAGGCAUAUUGGUAGGAACGGACAUAAUGAUAGAAGGAAAAGAGGAGCAUUCGGAUGGGACAGAAUCCGGCAUGUUUGUCGGUGGUUUUCAAGGUUUUCCGAGUCCUGGAGGAGGUGCCGAUGCCGCUUCUUACCCGGGAGGAGCGGGCCACGGCGGGCACGGAGGAGGCAGCUUCCGGGAGAGCCAGACCCAGCCUUGCGGUCGGACCAGCGAUGACCAACGGUCAUCAGAUCCAACGUCGGUGCAAACUUCUACCUUUGCGGAGACCCUGGUGGUAACGGUGAUGAAUCAAACGGCAAGCACGGUGCAGGAAACAACGAGUGGCACCGUGAAGAACAACUACACGACAUAUUGGAAUGGCACUGCUCUUGCUGAAGUCAGCACAAAUGGCACAACGGAUCUCAACUCAACGCUACCAUCCAGCGUCCAUGACACGUCUUCGGAAUCGACCACCAUAGCGCUGUAUCCGAACAUGACGAUGGAGACGCUGCUCAAUCAAACCGAUUUCAUUGACAUUACUGGAGGAUCUGUAAGCCAAGCCUCGAAUAAUUCAAGAGACGAUUCUAAUACAACCAAUGAAGCUCUGCAUCAAAAUACCACUGAGCCUUUACCGAACAUGACCGACGUUCUGACCGCGACCAAUAUGUUGACGGCUACAGACCUGUUCCUUCAAUCUACGACCACAGAUGCCCUUUCAACAUCGGAUGGCGAUGGCAUCUUGUACAACUGCUCGUACGGUUUUCCUUACGUGCUGGGAAGCUAUGAUCACUUGUUGGGCGGAAGUGCAGGAGGCGUUGGGAGUCCAGGGGUUUCUCGAUUGGGAGGCGGUGGCGCUAUUGAAUUUCGCGCACGUGAAGGAAAUGUGACUAUAGAUGCACUUGUGACCGCAAGAGGGCGCUCUGUGCUAAAUAACCAAGAGCCAUCUAGGGGAGGAGGCAGCGGUGGUCUUAUCCGUGUUCGAGCAAAGUCGGUCCAUUUAACGUCAAUGGGAUCCCUUGUUGUCUCUGGUGGUGACGGGAAUGAUGGGCAUGGCGGAGGCGGUGGAGCUGGGGGUGUUAUACAGAUCAGGAUCGGACAAGGCGGUGAGAUCAUCGCAGAGAAUAACCCAGCUUUCUUGCUGAGUGGAGGCUCUGGAUACCCUCGCUCGGGCCAGGAUGGGUUUCUGUCUAUUUCCAGCGGUAAGAUUCAAAGUAUCACAAGUCAUGAUGCAGAAUCAGUCACGAUUCAAAGCAGCAGCAACAGCAGCGGUGGCGGCGGCGGCGGUGGUGGUGGUGGCGGCGGCGGCGGUGGCGGUGGCGGCGGUGAUGAAGGCAACUGUACUUGUAACAAUAACAACCAACAACAUGGCGUUACUUCUCAACCCUUACCAAGUACCACGUCCGUGGUGACCGUAAGCCUAAAUUCGGCUGAAACUGUCACCCUGACCACGCCCACAACGCCAGCUGAGCCCACGAUGACAACUGAUUCACCAGGAAGAGAAGAGUCCACCACCAUCGGAACGUCUACAAACGGUCUGACCGUGUCGACCCCACAACUACCAGAUGACAUCACGCCAGAGGAGGCAGCAGAUUAUAUCAAGGAUCUCACUUUGAAUAUCAGCACGACCGAAUCAACUACGUCCACCGAAGCAGCCGACAUAAUGGACACCAUUGAGCAGAUCGGAUUGUCUGUUGGUAGAGAUCUAGCAAAGAGGCGAAAGCCAGGGGAAGCGAUCAACGUCACUGUUAGCUCAGAGGAAUUGGUUAUGCAGCUUGAGGUCCUGGAGGCUAACUCUUUCGCCGGUGCUGUUAUUUCCGCGCCGGAUCUGAAUUCUCCAAAUGUGACAACUCAGCCAGCCGCCAUUACGAUACACAAAUCUGUCGUGCCAAGCAAUUCCACAGGCAGUGUAAUCAUUGUCGGGACGCUUUACACACGAAUCGAGCGUUACUUAUCCGGUGCAGUUGCAACAUCUUCGGGGCUGGAGACGGGAUACGAUAUUAUUAGCGUCGUCUUGAGUGCCACACUAGAGUUGACGAAAAGCACACCGGAUUUUACGAGAGGGGUCACUAUUACAGCUGUUAACAACGAGCAAUUGCGUGGACAGGACACUAUCUGUGCAUUUUGGAAUUUUUCCAUUCCAAGUGAUUUUGGUGGGGCGUGGUCAACAUCUGGGUGUUUUGUCAACGUAUCCAAUGGGACUCACUCAAUGUGCACAUGUGAUCAUCUGACCAAUUUUGCCGUGCUUCUCCGGCCGACAGAUUUUACCUUGCCGCCUGGCCACGAGAGGGCGCUCGAGAUUCUCACCAACAUCGGUCUUGGCCUAUCCCUGGCCUGCCUUGUGGUGGCGCUUGUCACUAUAUCAGCCCUCCUCAGGAGCCUGAAGAAUUUCGAGUCGGCCACCAUCCAUUUGAAUCUCGUCAUUGCCCUGACGGUGGCCGAUUUCUUCUUCCUUGUUGGAGCUAACGAUACCGCCAACAAGGCCUGGUGUAAGGCAGUAGCUGGCAUACUACAUUACACCUACACUGUGAUGUUCAUGUGGAUGCUGAUGGAGGGUAUCUAUCUCUACAUCCGGGUCGUUCGUGUGCUCCAUCCGCCCUCGCGAACGACCCUUAAAUAUUUCUUCGUUGCCGCCUGGGGGUUACCAAUAGUGAUUGUUGUGGCAACGGCCCUGGCAACACCGGAGAGCUACGGAUCGGACACGGCCUGCUGGCUCGACACAGCCCAGGGGGCCAUCUGGGCAUUCGGAGGACCAGUGCUCGCUAUCAUAGGGGUGAAUAUCUUCUUUUUGGCUGUAGUGAUGAUUCGCUUUGUGUCAGUCAAGAGUGUUGCUAAGCAGUCGAAGUGGAAACAGGCGAGGAAGACAACCAGAGCUGCUGUGAUUCUCCUGCCUCUGCUGGGCAUCACCUGGCUGUUCGGUUUGCUGUCUGUGGAUGAAAGCACCCUGAUCUUCAUGUACAUGUUUGUCAUAUUCAACUCUCUUCAGGGAGUUUUCAUAUUCCUAUUCCACUGCUUGACAAAUGAUGACGUCAUUUCCACCCUUCGCAUCAAGCUGCGAAAGUCUCGCAGCCGACUCGACUUCCGCCUUGCCUGGCCGAGUGAAACUAAGACUGCAUUCGUAUCUAGCCCAGCGAAGAAAAAGAAGAAAAAUUCCGUUCAUCCAUCGACACACACGAGCGUGACCGUGUUGGAUCAGUCAUCGCCUCGUGGGAGUGUGGGCCAUUGGACCGACACGAAGGAGCACGCAUUCUGAA